AUGUCCGGCGGUCGCUCGCGGUCGCAGAAGCACCAAAACCGCGUGCCGUUCGUCGCCAAGCGGGACAUCAAGCGCAACGAGGGCGACCGCGAGCGCGAGCUCGGCCUCCGUAACCUCGCCCUGCAGAACGUCUGCAAGCGAUGUCAGCAAAAGAUCGUCUGGCGCUUUCAAAUGGGCAAGUAUAAAGCGAAGAAACCGGGCACGCGCGGUCGGUGUAACAAGUGCGAGCAGAAGAGCGUGCGCAUGGCGUACCGAAGCCUUUGCGACGCGUGCGGCAAGGCGCACGAUUUGUGUCCGGGAUGUCAGCACCCACCGAGCGAGGCGAACGCGAGUCGCGACGUGCCGGAAGCAUGCGCGUCGUCCGGCUCAGAUUCCGACGCUGAAUCGGAACCAGCGUCCGACGGCGAGGAAUCUUAG